AGAGGGAGAGAGGGGAGGAGGAGGUGAAGGGAGGGGAGGGAGUGCUUGGUUUAGGGUGCUCCGCGGCGAGAAUAAGGGGAAGAUGACGAGCUCAUAUUCGGAGCUGAACCAGAGGAUCGACUAUGUCUUCAAGGUGGUGCUGAUCGGGGACUCGGCCGUGGGGAAAUCGCAGCUGCUCGCGAGGUUCUCGCGCAACGAGUUCAGCCUCGAUUCCAAGGCCACCAUCGGCGUUGAGUUCCAGACCAGGACCCUUGCCAUCGACCAGAAGACCGUCAAGGCCCAGAUCUGGGAUACCGCCGGCCAGGAGAGAUACCGUGCUGUUACAAGUGCAUACUACAGAGGAGCGGUAGGAGCAAUGCUCGUCUAUGACAUUACCAAGCGCCAGUCUUUCGAUCAUGUGGCAAGAUGGCUAGACGAGCUACGAAGUCAUGCUGACAAGAACAUUGUCAUUAUGCUCAUUGGCAACAAAUCUGAUCUAGGGACACUUCGAGCAGUCCCUACAGAAGAUGCAAAGGAAUUCGCGCAACGUGAAAACCUUUUCUUUAUGGAGACGUCUGCGCUUGAGGCUACAAAUGUCGAGACCGCCUUUAUUACUGCACUUACUGAGAUCUACCGAAUUAUAAGCAAAAAAUCUCUCAUUGCCAACGGUGACCAAGAUGGUAACUCCGGCGUUCCUAAGGGGACCAAGAUUGUUGUCCCCCGUCAGGAACCAACUGUUGCGGCCAGUUCCUCUUGUUGUAUGUCGACAUAAGCUUCUUCGCCGAGGUUUUGUCUGUUCAAAGUGGUGUUGUUGUUGUUGUUUUUUUUUUUGCAUAUAUUUGUUUCAUUGGAUUUCAAUUCUUCUGCAUUUGAAUUAAAUUAUAUGUGAUUGAUUUAAAGAGCAUUAAAGAGUAGAGAUAUGCAGUUAGGGCAAAAAUAAGUUCAAGGUGAGUGUAGUUCGCUCACAUGAAUUUUGUAGUAAUAUUGAAAAAAAACUCUGUUGUUGUUUGUUGCUUA